GCCUGUGUCUGUGCGGGUGCCUGUGCCCUGUGCGGGGUGGUUAGGAUGAGUAAGUUUGGGAGCCAUGGCGGCUUUUCUGCCCCAGGCGGAGCCACUGGCAGCAAUGACGGCCCCUCUCAGGGUGGCGCGGCUCCUUUUCUGAGGGCUCCAAGGUCCAGGGCUCGAAUCGAGACCAUUAUCCCUUGUUGCGUGAACCAGCUGCUCACGGCCUCUCUGGUGGAAGAUGUCUUCAGGGUCCGGGGAAUAGUGGUUUCCCAGGUCUCCAUCGUGGGGAUCAUCAGGAAGGUGGAGAGAGCGCCGAGCUACAUUCUCUACAAAAUCGAUGAUAUGACCACUAAGCCUAUUGACGCCCGCCACUGGCUGGGCAGAGGCAAAGCCAAGCAGGCGCCGGCUCCGUGCCCGGUGGGAGUGUACGCCAAAGUGUUCGGUAUUCUCAGAGGUUCUGCCGAGGUGAAGCUCCUCGAGGUGUUGCAGAUCCGUGUCCUGGAAGACAUGAACGAGUUCACCUCGCACAUCCUGGAGACAGUCAACGCGCACAUGAUGCUGGCGAAAGCCCGGGAGGAGGCCUGCGGGCCAAGCGCGCCCCCCGCUCUGUCCGAGGGGGGCUUGGCGCCAGAGUGUGGCGAGGUCCGCCCCGAGUUUAUUCAGGCGGAGGUGCUGCGUCUGAUUCACCAGUGUCCUCGCCAGGAAGGCAAGAGCAUCGGAGAGCUCCAGGCCGAGCUCGGCAGCCUGAGCACGAAGGCCAUCCAGGAAGCCCUGGAAUAUCUGAUGGUCGAGGGCCACAUCUACCCCACUGUGGAUGGAGAGCAUUUUAAGUCUGCCGAUUGAGGCAUUGAGGAGAAUUUUCCAUUUCUGAAGACCACUGCCUCCGGCUGUGACUGAGUUUGACCUGUUGACUUUUAGAAAGUAGGUUUAUUUUUCAACAGAAAUCUUAACUGACAUCCCUUUGGAACCUCACUGCUUUUACAACAGCUUUGAACUUUUCUGUUUUUCUAACUAUAUUUGAAGCUCAGAGAGAGCUCGAGAUGGAUAAAUUGAUUGGACCUUUGUAGAAUUUAUCAGCAAGCAAGUAAAAAUACUCAAUCGGGUAAAUUUAGGGGCGAAGAGGUACAGAAAAAGUUGAAAAUUUUGAUUUUGUUGUGUGGGAGCUUCUUUUUGAAAUGUAUAGGUAUUCGGAGAAAAAAGAUGUAGUCAUGGAGCCAGCUAAGAGACCAAAAAGAAAAAAAAUGUUGUUUUUGUAAUUACUUAUUUUUUAUUUGGAUUUAGCUUAUUAUAGACAUUGUCAUCUCUUACUAAAUAUAGUAGUGGAUAAAUUCAAAUGUGCUAAAGAUAGCACUUAGUGAAUUCAAAUGCUCAAUUCAAGUGUUUAUUGAAUUGUUUACUUUUAUAACCAUAGGUUUAUUUUCUUAAAUAAGAUUAUACUGUGUUUAAAUUGCAGGGUCAUCUUUGAAUGCUUUUUUAAAAAAGUGAUUGUUUAAUGGAUAUUUCAAAUAGGAUGUAGUGAUAUUUGGAUUAAAUUACAAUGUGUUGUUGUUUUAUGGUACAUGGAUGCCUGAUUUUCUUAUGUUUGAUGUUCUAAAGUAGUUUUAGACCUAAACGCUGUUUUAUAUAGAAGGUUUUAUUCUUAUAGGUUAGGCAAACAAAGAAUAUGUAAUUCUAGGUAUAAUAAGCUUAGUAAGGUUAACCAAAAUUUUUGAAUGUUUUAUUAAAAUACUUUUGCAAAA